AUGGAGGGUGACUACAUCGAUGAGGACUUUGUCGUCCAGGAAAAAAUGUCCGAAAAACCCGCGGAAACUCUAGAAACCGUGGAAAAUCCUGAAAAACUUUUCGAAAAACCAGAAAAAGACGGUGUUUCUGAGCCGAAAGGGCGGUUCAAAUGGACACCGCACACAUUUAAAAUGGGAAAAUUGAGAUGGCAAAUGAGGAUGAUGAUCCGAGAUAGAAUGGAACAAGUUGAUAAGAUUAUCGACGCAUUCUAUUGCACAAAAACCAAUAUUCGACAUCGGAGAUUCGAUGAGUUGAUGUGGUUUGCGAGGAGAUUGGAGGAAACGCUUUUCCAUAAAUCUUCGAAAUUCGAGAUCUAUGAGAAGGGAAUACAGACGAUUGUCACUCUCAUGAAUGUGUUGAUGCAGGCCGAUCCGGCGAUGCGGCAUUUGAUCGAUGAGAAUGAAAUUCCGUCGACAGAACAACUCGAGAAGCUGUUCACACUGAAAGCGGAACGUCAUGAAUUGAUUGAAGAUGACUAUUUGGAGGAUGGAGUUGCAGAGAUAGAAUUGAUAAAAGAGGACAGAUUCAGGCAUACUGAUCUGAUUCUUGACAGAGAACCACCAGCUGAGAUGAUUAUGGCAGAACAACGACGAAAACUGGUCCGCCGUGGUCCCAACAAUCGGAAAAUCGUGAUGGCGAGAUACUCGAAUCGGGAACCCGCAGAGGAUCCACACAUGACGAUUCGAAUGAUUUCGUGUCCCAACACUAUAAAUAUUGAAUAA